UUUCGACGUGAAUUAAAAAUCGAGGUGAGUGUUUGUGAUUUCCUCUUGCAAAAUUCUUUUUUUUCUCCCUAAAAUCCUUAAAAUUUCAUCUUAAAUCUUUUGGGGGAAUGUAAAGAAUUUCCCGGAGAGUUGUUUUGUGAUAAAUUUCCAUGGGAAAUGUUUAAAUUGUUUGAGAAAAUUCGACUCUAGAGAAAACUCCCGGACAAGAUGACGAAGGGUAACAAUAUGAUUCCCAAUGCCCACUUCCACAAGUGGUGGCAGCGGCAUAUCCGGACGUGGUUCAACCAGCCGGCCAGGAAGCUCCGUCGUCGUCAUAAUCGCAUCAAGAAGGCCAAGGCAGUUUUCCCCCGGCCAGCUUCUGGUGCCCUUAGGCCCGUUGUACGUUGCCCCUCGGUGCGCUACCACACCAAGGUUCGUGCUGGACGUGGUUUCACGGCUGCUGAGCUCAAGGGAGCUGGACUCACUCCUGGCUUUGCUCGCACCGUUGGCAUCUCCGUGGAUCGUCGACGUCGCAAUAAGAGCGUCGAGCAGCGUCAAAUUAACAUUCAGCGUCUCAAGGAGUACCGCAGCAAAUUGAUCUUGUUCCCCAUCCACGAGAAGAGGAAGCUGCAGAAGGGUGAAGCCACCCCAGAGGCCAGGAAACUCGCUACGCAGGUGAAACGUACCGUGAUGCCAAUCAAGAAUCCCAAACCCGUCGUCACGGUGCGCGCCAUUUCGGCAAAGGAGAACAAAUUCAGUGCCUUCCAGGUGCUGAAGAAGUCUCGUUCCGACGCCAGGCUCGUUGGUAUUCGUGCCAAGAAGGCACGUGAAGCCUCCGAGAAUCCCGAUGACAUCUCCAAGGCACCCUCCGGAAAGGAAGCCAAGAAAUCGAAGAAGUAAAUCCUGUAGAAGCUUGAUUUACAUUGCAAAAAAAUGAAAAAUUUACUGAAAAAAUUAAAAA